GGCACGGCACCGCACAUCGCGUCGCGAAGAUAGCGGUCGGAUUGAAUGAGUUUAUAGCGCCUCGUGUAAUCGCUGGGUGUUGUAAGCAGUUACUGUGCGCCGUCGCAGGAAGCGGUAGCAAUGGCAACCAAGCUGGGGAGAAUUGCUAGGUUUCAGGUUCAGAAGUUGAAUGGGGAUCCUGCGGUCAGAUACUUUAGUUCACCUGCACCAACAACAAAGUUAUUUAUUGAUGGAAAGUUUGUUGAGUCUAAAACAAAAGACUGGAUAGACUUGCACAAUCCAGCAACAAAUGAGGUGGUUACUAGAGUCCCAAAGUCAACACAGGAUGAAAUGGAAGCAGCUGUGGCCUCAGCAAAAGAGGCUUUCAAAUCUUGGUCCAAUACCUCGAUACUGACUCGUCAGCAAAUAAUGUUCAAAUAUCAAGACAUAAUUCGCAAAAAUAUGGGUGAGUUGGCAAAAAACAUUACCAUAGAGCAAGGAAAAACCCUUGUUGAUGCAGAAGGUGAUGUUCUACGUGGCUUGCAGGUGGUGGAACAUUGCUGCAGUGUGACCUCUUUGGCACUGGGAGAAACGCUACCCAAUAUUGCGAAGAAUAUGGACACACAUUCGUACCGCUUGCCACUUGGUGUAACUGCUGGAAUCACACCUUUCAACUUUCCUGCUAUGAUCCCAUUAUGGAUGUUCCCUGUUGCUACAGUUCUGGGAAAUACAUCAGUGAUAAAGCCUUCAGAGCGUGAUCCUGGUGCUUGUAUGAUGUUGAUGGAGAUGCUAAAUGAAGCUGGUUGUCCUCCAGGUGUAGUCAAUGUGAUACAUGGUGCACAUGAAUCAGUUAACUUUAUUUGUGACCAUCCGGAUAUUAAAGCCAUUUCCUUUGUUGGAUCUGAUCAAGCUGGCAAGUACAUUUAUGAACGAGGUUCACGAAAUGGUAAACGUGUACAGUGCAACAUGGGAGCAAAGAAUCAUGGUGUCAUUAUGCCAGAUGCAGACAAGGAACGUACACUAAAUCAGCUUGUGGGGGCAGCAUUUGGUGCAGCAGGGCAGCGUUGCAUGGCCCUUAGCACAGCUGUUUUCGUGGGUGAAGCAAAUGACUGGCUACCUGACUUGGUGGACCGAGCAAAGAAAUUAAAAGUCAAUGCAGGUCAUGUUCCUGGCACAGAUUUAGGCCCAGUCAUCUCCCCACAGUCCAAAAAAAGAAUUUGUGAUCUUGUUCAGUCUGGUGUUGAUGAUGGAGCACAGUUGCUGCUAGAUGGCAGAGAUAUUGUGGUUCCUGGUUUUGAGAAAGGGAAUUUCGUUGGCCCCACAAUUUUAAGUGGUGUUAAGCCCAGUAUGAAAUGUUACAAGGAGGAAAUAUUUGGUCCAGUUCUUAUAAUUUUGUCUGUUGACACUCUGGAUGAAGCAGUGCAGCUGAUCAACAGAAAUCCGUAUGGUAAUGGAACAGCAAUCUUCACCACUAAUGGAGCAACUGCUAGAAAAUUCACCAAUGAAAUCGAUGUUGGACAGGUUGGUGUCAAUGUACCAAUACCUGUCCCACUGCCAAUGUUCUCCUUCACUGGUACGAGAGGAUCAUUUCUUGGAGAUGCACACUUCUAUGGUAAACAGGGUGUCAACUUCUACACACAAGUGAAGACUGUUACCCAGAUGUGGCAUCAGAGUGAUGUCACACACAGCAAGCCUUCUGUCGCAUUCCCAGUCAUGCGAUAGAAAGUAUUUCUACUUGAAAUAAUUUUCAGCUUCAGUGAAUCUAGAACUGUUAAUUUAGAAGCUGAAUUCUCAUUGUUGUUUCACGCUACUAGAAAGGUUUUACCUAAGCAUUCAAAAUUUCAAGAUAUAUUUAAGUUUUGCACAGAAUAUUUGUGACAAAGAUUUCAUUCCACAGAAUAUUUCUUACCUAAAUUGAUGUACAAAUCAAUAGCUGUAAAGUGAAUGUUCGAUUAUUUAUCUUAGACUGAAUAUUGUCCCGGUGCUUUUAAGCGCUUAAUUUGUAUUGAUAAAUUUCACAGAAGUUUCUCUUCACAAGUUAAAACUUCUGUGAGUGUAUGAAACUACUUAGGCUAUUCAUAUAGUCCUUAUUUCUAGUUGUAUAUGACAAAUUCACCUCAAAAUAGUGGCAUUACCUCAAGUACAUGGAUUUUAACUGUAAUAUGGUCUUACAUGCCAUAAACAUUCAGAGGCACAUGUUACUUCAAAAGUAAAUAGUCUUCCACAUGUGAACUUAAGACUGAAGAACCAGUCUUCCAUUGUAAAUAUGUUAAAGAAAGAAUUAUUUUUAAAGUAAUUUACAGAAAUGACUAAUUUGCUAUUGCCGCAAGAAAAAAGUAAACAUUAUUUUUAAGAGGUUUUUGCCCAUUGAAUGAAGUAAGAUGAAAUGGUUUUAGAUAAUGUUCUCGAAUGUAUUACAGAAUUCCUACAGAAAGUGCUUUCAGUGCUUGUCAUUUAGUCUACAUUUUCCACAGAACAUGUAAUUUUUGGUACAUCAUAUUUACAUAUUUAGUAUGACACUGUAAUUAUAUUCAUGUAUCCAGACAAACCAUGUAAGAAUUUUGAGUGUGUGACAAUUAUUUGUAAAAAUAUAUUUUUGUAGAAAAUGCAAACUCCUCAUAAGAAGUAUGUACAUGUGAUUGAAUAAUUUGUCCAGACUUUACCUCAGACAUUCAUGAAAAUGUUUAAAAGUGAUCUUACAUGGCAUAAGUGUAUCUUCAGACUCACUUAGGGUACUUCUCUUCUUAUACUUGUAUAGAUUUGAGUACUUACAGGUAAGAAGGAAAAAAAAGGCCUUGGUAUUAAUGAUUAAUCAGCAUGCUCUUGUAACAUUCCAGAUUUAGCUAUGACCAAAAAGUCAAAGAGUACACUAUGGGCUACAAAACAUUCUAAUUAAUCUUGAACACUGUUUGAAUUUUCUUUCUGCAAAAAAUGAGCAAAUGGGAGGAAAAUGACUGCUCAUGUCUUGAACUUCUAGUUCUUGUAAAGCAUGCCUUACGAGACUUUCAGUAAAGUAAGCACACAUCGGAUGUCAUGACUCUAUGGCACUCUUGAGAGUAAGAGGCUUGGAUGUCUUGGGCUGAAUCAUAAACAGAGAUGUGAAUUAUAUGUAUUGAACAAGGUACGCAAUUUAGUUGGUCAGCAAAGCCAAACAACAAAAGAUGGAAAUUUGGUCAUUUCAUGCGAGCUGUAUGUUGUAUCAUUUGUUUGGUGUGAGUGGGAAAGAGCUGUAUUGCAUGUUGACAGAAAUAAAGAUGAACUUGUGGACCUGCUAAUAUUUCACGGAUGUCCAUAAAGAGAAGUACAGUGUCAUAUUUAUGCUGUUGUAUAAAUGUUGUCAGACAAGUAUGCGUAAUUCAUCAUUUGAAGAACAUUAUGUAUGUCAGAGCACUCUCGUAUGAGUCAAUAGCUCUUCUAACAUAGCUACAGUACCUAACUGAUUGUUUCAGCUGAAAACUGUCACUUAAUUUAGUUGGUAUAUCAACUGAGACCACAUCACUACAAGCCAUUAAUUAUUCAUGUGUUGUUAGAAUAAAAAUAACAUUUAUACUUACCUUUCACGUAGAAAUAACAGGUCCAGGGUUCUUGAUCAUUUAAUAAUAUCCUAGCAGUACUUCUAUAUGUCUUCCAAUUUAUUCAUUCCGGAUGCAUCCUCACAGACUUGCAAUUUUUUAUUCCAGAUUGCUGAAAAUUUCAAAUGUAAUUUUCCGUAGUGUGAAAUGUUGAACAACCAUCUUCAUACACACCAAAUACACCUAAACAGAACUGCUUUGGGCCAACACUGCCUCUUACGUGGAAAAAUAACUAUUUUUAGUGAAAAAUACAUUGUUGAUUCCUGCAUAUCAGUGUUAAACUGAAAAAUUACAUGUUCAUAAAAACUUAAGCAUAACAGUACAUUUCACAAAAGAAAUGUAAAUGAUUGACAGUCAGAUUUUUAAUGUAACAUGAUUUUUUUUGUGCAAAAUUUAGUAAAAAAAUUAAUUUUGAACAAUUACUUUUCCAUGUAUCCAAAUUGGUACUAGAGCUUAAUUAUCUUAAUUACUAUCAUUUGCAGAGUCUUCAACGUUGUUACAUUAUUUGGUAUAUCCAGCUAUCUUGUUAUUAUCAUUAACUACUGAACUGUUUACAGUUUCAGUAGUUAAUCACAAUAUUACAGUGAAAUUAGUCAUUAAUUUCAUAUGAACAUAACUGUACUACAAAAAUCACAUCAGUAUUCUUUCAAAUUUGACACAAUUUUGUUGAAUUCCAUUCUUUUGAACAACGCUAACUAAUGGAAAAUAAAUGUGAGUUGUAGUCGUACAGUAAUAAUAAUAAUAGUAUUAGUAGAUUCAGUGUAUUGUGUUGUUUACUAAGCACAUGUAUCACGUAUUACACUAAGUGAACCUUGGUCUGUUACACUACACUCUGCAGGUCAGUGGUGCAGAUAGAACUUUUUAUAUGUACGCUUAGGGGUUCUGUCAGCACAAGUACAGCAUACAUCCCUAGAAGAAUCAACCAGUAUACUGCUUUCUCAUGUGCACAUCAUGUGAAAAGCUCAUGAAGGUAAAAUCAGAGAUUUGAACUUAUACAGAAUCUUAGCAACAAUUUUCCUCUCUCUAAACCAUUUGCUGUUAGAAUGGGAAGUGUAGAAGUGACAGUGGUACGCCAGGUACCUCCGCCACAAGUGGCAAGGUGGCUUGUGGAGUAUAGAUGUGGACACUAGAUUGAUUUAAUUUGUGUUAAUCUUACUUAGUUGCUUCCUCGUUUAUUUACCUCUGUUCAGUUUUCAUGUUCAUUAAUUACAAAAUGUAUUUCAAUAGCAAGAUACUUUGACUCUGGAA